AUGCGAACCGCUCACCUUCUUUUCAUCGGCGCCCUUUUAGGCGUCUCCCUGGCCAAACACCAUCAUGCGGCUAGAGGUAUUAACGAGCGUUUCCAUGAUCUUUCCAGUAUCUUUCAAUUUCAGCUCCGAUAAUCAACUUGCAAGGAGCUGAAGAGCUCGUCGCCGUCGUGCGCGAGGACGAGAAUAUCAUCUCGACUGUGCCGGAUUUUGCGAUCCUCUCGGAAACUGGUAAGCAAUAAGAUUAAUGACUUGAAAUGCUGAACAAGCGAUAAAGAGACACUGUCUAUCCCUCCUUCUUGUUUUUCAUUAUUUUCAUGAGAAUCUUGUUCACACCAAAAGUUUUCUAGGGAAAGCAUCACUAAUUAGUCACGGGAGGAAAGCGUGGCCCAUACUUCCUUGAAAUAAUUGACCUCAUUACUAGUCAUGGCAUUUACAUUCUCGUGAUCCUCUCCUCUUGCUCCCUUACAUACACACCUCAUUUGCAAGAAAUCUCAUCAGGAAGGAGUCGGUCGCGGCGUCGCUUCUCAUUAAUUGUUUCGUCUUUUUCUUCAUCUUCUUCUUCUUCUUCUUCUUUUUGCUUCUUCGUCAACGGCUCGAGACACGCAAAGAGAUUACAAGCCACCGACGAAGAACACGAAGACGAAGGGGAUUGACGUGUGUGUGGGGAGUGGGAUUAACUGUGACAUGACAUGACAGCCGAUGAAUCGAGAGCACAUGAAUUGAAAAAGACGCGGGACCUCCUGUUUGAUGUGAUGGCAAUUGGAAAUAGAAAUGAAAAUGAAAUUUGAAGAGGAAGAAAUGGAAUGAAUUACAGGACCCGUGUGCAACUACAUCCUCACCGCGCAGAACAAUGAGCCCGUUCCGUUUGACAUCCAGGUCGUCGACAAGUUCACCGGAGCUGCUGUCCUCAGAGUCAAGGUAGACGAAGAAAGGGCGCGUUCGGUUCAUUCAGUGAAUAUUCAGGACGCGGCCACUCUCGACUGCAAGAAGCCCGAGUACAACCUGCAAGUGCAAGCCGUCAAGUGCGAUAAUGACAACGUGAAGAGCGAGGGAGUCUCCCUCAAGAUCCGUGUCAAGGACACCAACAACCAUGCCCCUGAAAUCGAGAAUCCCUGGUACACUUUCCACGUGGAGGAGGGAAAAGUCAUUGAAGAAGUGGGUGCUCUGAAAGCUUCUGACAAGGACUGUGGCCAUCCGAACGGAGAGAUUUGCGAGUACGAGAUCACGAACGGUCUCAAGGAGCUUCCGUUCGCCAUCAACAACCAAGGAGUGCUCCGCACUACUCAGCCCCUCAAUUACACCCAGUCCAAGUCCUACAUUCUCACCGUCGUCGCCAUCGAUUGUGCCAUGCGAAAGAGCAAGAGCUCUCUCGUCACCGUCCACGUGGAUCAGACGUGCGUUCAGGGAAUCGCCGCGAUGAAUGAGAGAGUCAACUACGCGCCGGGAACAGGUUCCAAGCUGCUGCUGCCGGAUGUUUCUCUUGAAUUCUGCGAGAAAGAAAGUGUCUGCGUGCCGAAGAGCGUUCAGUCGGUCAUCGAACUCCGUGCCGGACACGUCACUCAAGGAUGCGCCAGAGAUACUGUCUACGACAAUCAGACCAUUCAGUCGUGCGGACUUUCCACUGCCACCGUCAAACUGCUUAACGAGGAAGCUCUCACCAGCUCUGCUGAAAAUCAAAUCCUGGCUGACCAGGGAAUUGAAUUCGACGGAGCCCGCGGAUUGAGUGUCUCCGAUGAGGUUCAUCAGGGACUCAUUCCGGAUCACUUCACGCUCAGCUUCUCGAUGAAGCACGCCGCUGGAACCAAGGAUGAGCAGAGCAACAAGCAGAACAUUCUCUGCGAAAGCGAUGACUUCAGUGAGUUAUAUCACUCGGUUCCCAGAUGAACUCUUUCUUGCAGACAUGAACCGUCACCACUUUCCGUCUACAUCCGCCACUGCAAACUCGAAAUCGUCCUCCGUCGUGAAGCCGGAGCCACCGCAGACUUCCGUGCUGCCGAGUGGCGCUGGUCGAUGCCAGAGGUCUGUGACAACGAAUGGCACUCGUACUCGCUUCUCUUCAACGGAAUCGACGAUGUCAACGUGGUUGUCGAUGGAAAGAGCUUCAAGGCUGACGAACGCAACCCGGAAAUCCUCGACGACUGGCCGCUUCACAAAACGAAAGCCACCAAGACGAAGCUCGUUGUCGGAGCCUGCUGGCACGGACGUCAACAGAAGCUCGCUCAGUUCUUCCGUGGACAACUCUCUUCCCUGUACUUGCUGAACGGAGCUGUCGAGAGCGAGCGUGCUAUCAAAUGUGCCCAUACCUGCCCGGAACAGCUUCAGUUCACUGGAGUCGAUGAGCUGCUCGACGGACAGAGCGCCACUUUCUCACCGGAUCAGACCACUCUCACGCUCAAGGCCGAAACCUCCAAGCAAAUUGGGCAAAUGCUCAAGCGCGUCGCAUAUGUGAACACUCAGGAGAAGCCAGCUCCAGGACACCGUGUCUUCCACGUUGAGACCGAAGUCACUUGCAAACAGGAUGACAAGAAGAUCAAACUCCCGGAGAGCAAGGGAUACGUCUUUGUCCAACAGGUUUCCGAGCCGACUCUCUCGAUCUCGGCGUCGUCCCAACUGAAGAGCAACCAGCACAUGGUCAAAGUUGGUCAGGCAAUGGUCCCGGAUCUCACCAUCACCAUCAGCCAGAACAACGAAGGUAUGCUCACGAAUCACCGGGGCAUCUCAUGAUCUUUCACUUUACAGACGGAGAGCUCGAAGACGUUACCCAGUCCCACAAGAUCGACUACUGCAAAAUGCACCUGCAGCCAGCUCGCGACAUGGACGUCGAAUACUUCUCCUCGCCCGCUUCUCUCAUCGCUGCCCUCAACAUCGAGUUCGAGCAUGACAAAGAUGUAAGUGAAUCUUGUCGGUAUCAAUCCCAAUUCGCUCGCUCUUCAGGGCAUCCUUCUUCGCGGAGAGGAAAGCGCUCAAGGGUACAAGGAAGUGCUCUCGAAGGUCCACUAUUUCAACACUCGACCGGAAUCGUACGCCAAACGCAUCUACACGGUCCAGUGUGCCAUGCUUAAGGGACGCGUUCUCAGCAACCAGAUUUUUGUCACGGUCAGUUAUUCACUUCUUGUUUUCCUUUUUUCUUCGCUCCACAAGCAAUACAGCACCAAAGAAGGUUUCCCUGGGAUUAAAUGGGCGCCUUUUUACUCUCUUCUCCCAAUGUGUUCUCUCUUCUGUUUCUUGAUGAUUUCUGAUAAGUUAUGUGAGAAAAUGAAGAUAGGGAUUGCUCUUUUUGAAGAAUGUAUAGGUUAGCAGUCUUGAGCACCCUUCAAUGAGUCAACGAGUCAUCAAUCUUUCUGUUCUUAUCCUCUCUCUCUCUCUCUCUCUCUCUCUCUCUCUCUCAUUAUUCAUUCAUUCAUUCUCUACGCACAAAAUCCAUUUAUGUCGUUGCUCGAAGAGCCUAUAAUGACUUGCGCCCGUCUGUUUUCAUCGCCUCGAAAUGGGUUUUCGGGCAUGCCGAGAGAGGCGUCUUUCCUCCCCAGAAUUGCCCUCAUUUGAGCAGACCCCUCCGAAAAUGCGCACUCGAUUCGUCCUUUUUGUAUGUGUCGAGUCGAUGAUAGACGAUUCUCUCUCCGCACCCUGAUAUCAGCUGAGUUGGUGCCAGGCGCAAUGAUGUAAUCCCUCUGGAAAACGCUCUCAGAGCCGAGCAAUAAUCCCGUGUAAAGAGCGCCGAUAAUCUCUUCUUCACUCGCAAAAUCGCCCACUGCUCUACGUGCCGGACAAGAUCACGGGACUUACCGGAACUCGCGCAUUUCUCAGACGCAGCCUCGCGUAUAUCUCGGCUCGUCGAGCCAUAAUUGCUCUCGUUUUGCUCAUUCCCCGGAGAGCUAUGAUACAUCCAACAUGUUGAGUGAGUGGAUGAGUGUUGCGUUUCCGACGGCUUGCCAGUCGUCUUUGGAAGUUCAGCACAGCUUUUUUCCUCUUGUUUUAGUUACUAACUUCUGAAUCCCUCAAGUUUCUCACGACGAAGCACCCCCUGAAGGCGAAGACUAUUUCAAAUUUCGGGUAUUUCCAUCCAAUUAUUUUCCUUUUAACUGAUUCAUCCUGCACUUCAUUCUCUCUUUGUUCUUUCCAUUUUUCGCUCCGACACCUCAUUAAUUUUUCAUCGUUUCCAGUCUCGUCAUCAUCUAAAUCUUAGUCUCUCUCUCUCUUUUUCUUCCAACGGAAUUCCGGAGAGGGGCUCGCAUCUUAAUUGGCAUAAUUGCGGAAUCUUCUCUCUUCUUACACCCACCCCUUUCCUUUUCAUCUCAUGUUUACAUCAAAUAUGAGCAGAAAAAGACGGAGGAGAGAGAGAGAGAGGAAAAACAACUACGGUACUUGUUAUGAUUACUUUCAUUUUCAGAUGACCAUCGAGGGAGUCACAACGACCACAACCACGACGACCGAGGCGCCAGCGGUCGCCGCUGCCGCCCAGCCAAUUCAGUUCAACUUUAACUCCGGAGAGACGGCUCUCGACAGUCUCGAGCUUAUCGAACGACAUUUUGAGCCCGCGUUCGACCAGCUCGGAAGCUCACGACUUCAGGUGAGCAGGGUGAUCUAAGAAUGAGCAAGCGUGUUUACCGGCGCUUCUUCUACAAGGACAAUGGGAGUGGGGUGGAGCUGAGAAGUUGGAAGGGAAAUGAAUGGAAAGUUAUGAGCAGGGAAGAGAGCCAAUGAGCUCUCGCCGCGGCUCCCCUCCCCCUCCUUUUUCUCAUUUUUCAGUGCCUGCUCAUUCGUUUCCUUUCUCUGUCAGCAGUUAUUCUGAUGGACUCGCUCUCCAACUCACAUGCACUUUGCCUGUUUCCCCUCCUUUCUCCCAAUCUUUGUUUCCAGUCCGAUUAGUUUCACCAUUCGAAAUUGGUUCGUGAGAUUCGAUGUUCACAAACAACGCUUGUGUGCAUUUCAAGCACAUGUCUUUCAGAUUACUCUGAAAAUCGCGCUUCCUCCUAUCUAUCUCUCUUUUCCCAUCUCUUUACGUCGUCGGCGCCAAAACAUUUGAAGUGAGCGCCUCGGCGAUGCUAUGAGAGGGGGGGCAUGCGGAGCACGUCGUCAGAAGCAGCAGAAAUUCAAUUAAAAACAGACGGCUCCACUCUGAAGCCAUCUGUCAUCACUCAUCGUGCCCGCAGGCGAAACCAGAUCAAGACACGCCCACUCCUGAAGACUUCGAAGACGUCGUCGGUCCGUUGAGUUCCAGGAAGAAUCGCCCGGUCGGCAGGCAAUCAGCAGUCUCUUUUGUACCGUUUCAGUUCAUUUUGCCGUCUCUCGUGGAUCCCUAUUUAUUUUUGUAAACUGCUAAAUGCAUUGUAGAGUUUUUUCGGGGAAACCCUUCAAAUUAGUCUUCCGGAGAACUUGGUGGUAUCAUGAAUCAGAUGUGUGGCCAUCUGAAAAUACUCGAAAAACUUCUCGCUGUAAUCCCAUUUCCUAUACAAUUUCAACGUUACGAAACUCAUCCAUAACCGGCUUCUUCUCCGAAUUCUGGGAUUUCUUUGAAAUCCAUGAACCCACCAAUCAUCAUUCUUCUAAAAAUGGAAAUUCCAUGAAAUUUUUCCAUCAACUCGAUAGCUCCAGAAAGGGAUGUCUCUCUCUCUUUCUCUCUUCCAAUGAAUUAUAGAUGCGAUUCCGCUCCCCUCCUUCUUUUUCUUCCCCCAGAUCGUCGUCGUCGUUGCCAGGAUUUUCCCUUGUUAUUCCGUUCCUCUUCCUCGCUUCUGAUCAGUUUGUAUCCAGUACACGUCUUCGUAACCCUUUGUUAUUUUUCGAUUAAAAAAAGCAAUUGCUUUUUUAUCUCGUCCUCAAUCAUCGAAUCUGUGCCAAGUGCUCGCUUGCUCGCCUGACGUCAACUUGGCAACGCUCUCAUAUUGGAGUUUUUCCAGCCGUCAUCAGACUCCAGAAACGGAUCAUGUGAUAUGUGCGCACGCGGCUCUCUCUCUCUCUCUCUCUCUCUCUCUCUCUCUCUCUUUCUCGUAUGAAUAACAGAGCAGAUGAAAUAGUUCAAUGAAGUUCUGAAGGCCAACUCUGUUUGACAAGUUGCCCAUCUCCAGAGACUUCCCACUUAUAAGCGGGGGUGGGAAACAUAAUUCAGAGAGAGAGAGAGAGAGAGAAAGAGAAGAGUUUUUGCAGAAAAAAUAUGAAAAGCCUGCAAAUUUGUGAGAUCCACAUCAUUCCAAAAAAGCAGAUGUUGGUCCUUGGAGACGGGAACCGUCAAACCGUGUCCGCAUCUUCCGUGCCUCGUCAUCAUGUGGUCUCUCAUCAGCCAUUCGUUCUCAUUAACCUUGCGUAGUCUUUCUAAGUACACUGGUCGUUCGGUCGCGUGUGCCUCCCUGAACAUCACGACAAACUUCUCGACGCUUCUUUUCUUCGGGUGCGCUUGCCGAGAAGAAAAAACAUGGGUCUCGCGGGUAACGGAAUCUCUGUUCUCCCGCCGAGAGAGACUGCGAAACUCGGACACGCAGAGCACCUCCGGACUCUGUCGGCUUGGCCCCAAAAGAGGGGCGAAGCGGGCAGAGGGCCUCCGUAUACACACAACUGCCUCCAAAUCUAUAAAACUAGAGGAAGAAGGGCGCGAGAAAAGCGGCGCCCCCUUCCGUCGUCUUCUCGCUCUUCCUGCCCCUCCAGCUCCCCCCAGGGCGACACCGCUUCCAGAAGUGAGCAAUUCUGUCACCUUGCGUUUCAACAAGUCUGUCGUUCCAGCAGAAUUCUGAAAAUUACGUCUGUAUUCCAGAAUGUUCGUGGUAAGUUUCUUGAAGUGCUGACGUGGCAUUUAGUCAUUCCGACCGGGAAACUAUACAUUCGUUGUACUCAGAAAUUCAUUCAAAAGAAUUUUGCUGAUCCCUCCGACCACCCGUUGACAAAAUAAUCGUAAAUGUAUGUCAUCGUAUUUGUUUUCUUCUCCUCACCAGCUGACCACAACUCUAUCGAAGUUUAGUCUUCCUUCUUCUUCUUCUCCUUCUUCCUCUUCUUCUUUUUCUCCUGAUCGAAGAAUACGUCGAAAUAUGAUCCUUGGACACAAAUUGGGCCCGCUCAUUCGCUUCUGUGGCGCCGUUGCGCAUCAGAUUUCCUUACGCAGUCGACCCAUUUCUGGCACGGCGGCUCUCGAAUGUGCACUACUUCCUUCCUCAUUUCCUUUUUCUUCUUUUUCGUUUUUCCGCGAACACAUGUGAUAUUGGAGUGGAGAACCGAAUGCCGCUUUUAUAUAAGCAGGAAAUUCGUUUGAGCGAUUUCCUGUUUUCUUCCACUUGGUUCCCUUCUGAGUGGCCCUCACUCGAAAAAAAGGAACCGCCCGGGGCGUCGAGUGCCACGUCACAUGGGAUUCAUCAUUCGCACGAACCGCCCAACCAUCACGCAUUCUCGCAAAAAUGUUUAUGAAGAACGUCGCGGCCGGUGGUCACCCGUAGUGGUGGCGACCACCAAACUUUCUGAUUCUGAUUUUCGUAACGACGACGCGAGAAGAGGAAAGUCGACAACAAAAACAUCUUCUCCUUCGUCUUCUCGUCCCCUCGGAGGCUCCUCAGUCGUCCAUCCGAAUCUGAUUUAAUCAAACCAUUCGCCGCACCUCUUCUCCUAUUUCGCUUCAAUUCUCCCCUCUCUUCCCGCCGUCCGCCUCUCGCCUUCCUCGUCGGGAAUGGCUUUCUGGCACUCUAUGUAUUCGUUAGAUGAGGUUAAAAUUAAGGUGAAACAACUACAACAUUCUAUCAAAACCUUCCAGCUAAUCACGCUAAUUAUUUACAGAACAUUCUGGAGAUGGACCUGCCACGUCCGAAAGCGCUUCUCUCGCACCACGGUUACGAUGUCGGGCAAGGAGCCAUUGCUGGUAAGUGUUUUUCGGGUCCGAACAUUCCUAAACCUUUGUAUUUCUCAGGUGGAGCCGUCGCCGUCGUCGUCGUUGUUUGUGUCGGUUUCCUGCUGGUGCUGCUCGUGAUCGGAGUGCUCAAAAUGCGCGACACUCCAAUGCCACGAAAACGGCGAGCCAAGAGACAGGUGAGAAAAUCAUCUGUCAUUUGCAUAUUAUCACAAAUCACGACUUUUGUGAGUCAAUGAUAGAGCAGAAAGCAACAAAAAAUAGUGAUCCUUCUGGCGGGCCUUUUCACUUUUCCCAAUCCGUGCUUCUAAUCGGAUAACGUCCCGCAAAUAGACGUGCACUUUGAUUCUCGCGAGAAAUGGAAAUCGAAUCUUGACUUGUUUCAGAGCGACGGAGGCAUGCACUGGGACGACAGCGGCAUGAACAUCACCGUCAACCCACUGGAUGACGUCGAAAAGAACGGAGGAGUCAUUGACGAAUUAGCGACGAAGAAGAGGAGGAAGAGAGCGACGGAGAGAGGUAAUCGGAAGGGACCAACACUCGAUGUGAUCAUUAGACAAGUUUGCAGCGAGUGCUCAUACCGCGACGAGGAGGACGAAGUGUCGGAGGACGAGGAGGACCAGGCCGAGGUGCUCCCGCACAUGGACGCCAAUCAACGCGUCGUCGGAGGCCUCGAGUGGGACGACGAGGACGCCAUUUCGACCAACGCCCGUUCCUAUCGUGUCUAA